AGACCAAAACUUAAUUACAAUUAAUUUAUUAAAGGAUAAUAAAAAGUAACUGCGUUUUCAAUUUGUAAAUAAAAUUGUGUAUUCGAGUUUCGUAUGUGACAUAUUUGGUAUGCUAAUUAAAAUGUUCUUGCCGCUGCAUCUGAAAUGAAAAAAAAGUUGUUUAUUUUUUUUUUGACAGAAUGAUGAUUUGACAGAUAUUCCUCCCUAGCGGAUCUUAUUUAUUUCUGAAUGUUUUUAACUUGUAAAUGCUUACACUUACUGGUGUCGUUCUUUAUAAAUUCCUAAAUGAAAUCUCACGGAAUACUUUUUGGAACGUUUCCAACAAGUAUUUGUUUAUAUCAACCGGCGUAUUAAACCUUUACCGUGGUUUCUUUGUCUGAAAUUUAUUUUUGGUGUUUGAUACUCACGCGGUGUUUUUGUUAAGAAUUAUUGUGUUUUAAUAAUUUGUUUUGAAAAUGGACUCAUCGCCUGUUGAGUCUGAUACCAAAACAGAGCUGAACGACAGUGGUUACGUCCAUGAUGAUGCUACUCCACACAAGCCGCCGGAGGUCCAGACCAGUCUCCUGGACCUGUCUGACGAUGUACUGCUUUAUAUACUGUAUUACUGCUCCCCGAUGGAUCUCAAAGCUUUAGGAUAUUCGUGCAGUCGUCUGGGGCAGUUGGUUCGCGACCGUACACUAUGGAUCCGGGUGGACGCUCGCAGGGAGCCCUAUGGGCACGAGAGGCUGCAAUGGCUGCUCAAUUACACCAUCAACCAGUCCACCACGGAACUGCUCCUUGCAGGAUUUGCAAGGGAAACCGACGAAACUCAAGGAACUGACGUCACACUUGGGUGGCAAGAAUGGCAGAACGCCAGGUGUUCGCAGAUUGAUUAUCAAGCAAUAACUUGGCCCCGGCGUUUUUACCAGCCUCAUGGAUCAGGGUACCUACAUAGAGUUCGUAUAUCUAACACUAUUAAAUUGGACUGUUAUUUGUCGCCGAAGUGGACAAAGGACGAAUCGAUACAGUGCAACUCGCCACUGGACAUGGACGAGUCCAACCAAGGCGACAAGCCGCUUUACACGAUCAACUCUAUGGAAAUGGAACGUUUGAAGCGUAUCUCCAACUUGACGUCGCUGGCUCUCGAAUACUGCAACAUCGAUUGUAACAUGAUAUCUUUGAGUAACUUCCCACCGAAUCUCAAGAAGCUGUCUAUUAGAGGGACCAAGUGUUUUAACCAGCGAGUGGACAAGACCUUCCUCUUCAGGAUAUCUGACUUUCUACCAAAAUUGGAGUAUCUGGAUGUAUCAGAGUGCCAGUGGAUGGAGCCUGUGUCGCUUAUGACCCUCAGCAAGAUGGCCCACCUGGAGAGCCUGCUCAUGUGCGACUGCCAGCGACUCAGCGAGUUCGUUGCGUACGCCUCUCUCUCGAUGCGGUACGGGUUCAGGAAUUUGAAGUCGCUGGACGUGCGCUGGUCGCCGGUCGGAAACUCGGAAGUGACGGCGCUGGGCUGGCUGCCAUCACUACAGCGGCUGAGACUGGCCGCCCCACGACACAAGCCGGACAAGGCGGGGCCCACGGGGCCCGCGGGGCCCGCCCUGCACGCCUGGGAGCGACACGUGCCUGAAUAUUUCAAGGGUGCUCGGAAAAUAAUAAAAUCGGAAAUUACUCCUGAAGAGGACCAAUAUAACGCAGAAAAAGAAAAAUAUAGAAUCGAGAACUGUCAGGAUAAAGAACAACAGACAGACGAAGAGCGAGAGCGUCCGAAACGUAAGAAAGGGAAAGGAAAUGCAUCAGAAGAUCAACCUGAAUCGUCGAAGCGUCCAAAACGCAAUCUGAGCGCUGGCCCGUCGACCAAAUAUGGAAACUCAUCUGAUUCUGACUCAGAUGAUAAUGAUAACACGCCCAGUCGCAUUAUCUACAAGACGUUGAUGGGGAACCCUAGAAAUUUCCGCAUAGGCACCAUUAUGAACAUGGGGAAACCUCCUAGUUUACGUGCAUCCACUUCGAACUCAUCCAAUGCAGCUGGCAACUCCAACCAACCAAGGAUGGAAAGUUACGUCCGUUUCCGGCAGAACGAAGUACCUGUUAUAAUCAAUUGUCCGGCAGUUGAUAAUGAGAAUGCAAAUGGAAGUAACGAAAAUUCAGCAAAUAAUGAUAAUGUGAAUUUAAGUAAUGGAAAUGCUGGAGCUAGCAGCAGUAACGAUAGCAAUAGUAAUGAAAAUAGUAACAACGCAAACAGUAAGAAUGGAAGUAGUAGCAGUAAUGCAAAUUGUAGCAAUAAUGAAGCUAGAAAUCACGACAGAUGUGGCCCAACUUUUAGAGUCGAGGAAUUCAAUUUGCACGAUCCGAUGCAUCGUCUACCUAGAGCUCACGUUGUCUAUGUCAAUAUCAGAGAGCAACGCCAUAACCUGUGUCGCUGGUCAAUACCAAACGAAGCCGGAAAUGCACACGAGCCAAGACACUGCGAAUUCGUCUCCGGAUUUCCACCAAUGCGGCAAGCAGACCCAUCGACACUGGUAACCGAUAUUGCUCUACAGCAUUUUGGAAGAGCCGAAGGUGAAGACCUCAAUUACUUCCGGAUAGGACCACCAGGAGAAAUGGCUGUGGGUAGACCCAACGUUUCCAAUCUUAUAGAGCUGACGGUGAAUGGGUACAGGAAUGUAACUAAUAGGAGUCUGGUGCAUCUAGCGACGGCUGCGCCGUUUUUGAGGAGGAUAGACUUCACGGGUACUACGGUGAACCAGAGGGGUAUUGAUGAUUUUAAAAGUCUACGUCCAGAUGUCGAAGUGGUGUUCAAUGAAGAAGUUGAAGAGAAGAAAAAUUCCGAGUAAUUACUAGUCUUUAAUAAUAUUGUGGUUUGAAAAUGUACUGUAGUAGCUAAUAAUUGCUAAAAAGGUUAGUAUUUGUAACAAUAUGCUUAUUUAUUUAUUUAUUUCAGGCUACUAGGCCCAUAUUAUAAAUACCUUAUAGACUAACAUACAUAUGAAAUAAUAUAAAAUUAAGAAAUUGUGUGAUCACGGUACUGAUGGCGGCAAUCUGCCACGGUAGCGCCGGUACACCACACCUUCGGCCAGUAGUCCUCCUUCAUGAACGUGGGCAGCAUGUUGGGGACUUGGCCCGAGUCCCCAACAUGCUUAUUGCAAACGCCUUGAAACUCGCGUUUUGAUUCGACUCCAGCUGCGUCACCCUCAAUAUCAGAUUACUCUUGAUACGGAUAUAAUCGACAAUGUUCUGCUCUUUAUUUUUUUAUAACACAGGGGACAAACGAGCAUGCGGCUCACCUGAUGGUAAGUGAUUACCGCCGCUCAUGAGCAACACCAGGGGAAUUGCAAGUACGUUGUCGGCCUUUUAAAAAGGAAUAAGCUCUUUUCUUGAAGGUUUCAAUAUCUUUAUGUAAGGAGCAAAACAAACGGAUGCUGCGCGCACGCACGCAAUAAAAGUCGGCUACGCGCAUGUGUCCGGUGUUUCAGGGGUUCAUAGACUAGUCAUCAGACGGGCCGUAUGCCUAUGUUUACCACCGUUAUAAUAAUAAUCUCAGGACAAUUCACACAGUGCCCUCUAGCCCCUCUAGAUUGGUACUAGAUAACUGAUACAAAUAUAUAGUUUUUUCUCACCGAUACAAAUAAUUAUAUUCAUGAAUACAAAAGUUUGUGCCGUGCGAGGGAUCGAACCCGCGACUAAGGGAAGUAAUGUGCUAAAUCGCUAGACCACCGAGGUCGUCAAAUUUUUAUAGUA